GGAUAGCUUUAAUAAUUAAUGAUAUAUAUAUUUGUUUUAAACAUACGUAUUAUCCAAUACUCUAUGGAAUUUCAAGCCGUGUAAAAGAAAGGUCACUAAGGGAUGCUUGUAUUUCUUUCGUCAGUUUUUAAAGUUUAAAUAUGAAUGACAUAAAGGCACUUUUUAUAUUAUCUGAACAAAUUAAGUUAUUUAAAAAAUUAUCGGACCCUCCCUCAAAUUACGACAGGUUUGAAACUUACGAAACCAGCAUUAAACAGGUAUUGGGCGGAGCUUCUAAUGCGGUUGCAAAAGUUAAGGCUUAUGUUGAACAAGUUGAAGCGAAACUUGACGAAUUGAGGAAUUGUCCACAAACAUUAGUGAAGAAGAACCAAGAUGCCAUUGAAAAAAUAUUUGGAACUUUUGUACCCGGUGAAGGCGGAGCGAUUAGAAAAUCUGCGCUUGUUAAACUUGAGAUGGCUCAUAAAUUACAGAAUUUGUCAAAAGAUAUAACAAAUGAUCGUCUUAAGGAAUUGAUACAAGAAACAGAAAUUGUCUGCUCGAAGUUAAAAGAUGGCACAGAUGUUUGGUAUGAUGACAUAGAUAAUCUGAAAGGUUGCCUCCAAAGUCUGAGAGAUGCAAAAGCAAAAAGUUUCGAAGAUGAAGAAAAAGAGCGAUCGGAGGAAGAGCGGAGAAAAGCCGAGGAACAACAGAAAAGGCGUGAAGAAGAAGAAAGAAAACGAAAAGAAAGAGAAGAACAGGAAAGAAAAGAGAAGGAAGAGCGGGAGAGAAGGGAAAGAGAGGAAGCCGAGCGAAAGGCUGAAGAAGAACGGAAACGAAAAGAAGAAGAAGAAAGAAUGAGGAAAGAGGAGGAGGAGAGGAAGAAACGAGAGGAAGAGGAACGCAUCAGGAGGGAAGAGGAAGAAAAGAAAAGACGAUUAGAGGAAGAACGAAAACGAAGGGAAGAAGAAGCUGUCAGGAAGAAAGAGGAAGAAAGACAGCGUUUAGAGGCUGAGAAAAGAGAAAAAGAACGUUUAAGGAAAGAAGCAGAAGAAAGGACAUGGAGAAGAGACCCAAAUAAUUGGGAUCCUGUAACAUACAACAGAGACUGUGGUGAAGUAGAUGGAAAACAUGCAUACCAUAAUGGUAUAUCGUGUGUCAUGGCCUCCGCACCAGGUGGUAUCGGCAAAGAUGACAUUGAAUGCAGUGCAAGUGAUGAAGUUGAUUCAAUUAUAGAAGUCCUUGAAACCGAUGAGAAACCAGUGAGCUCUUUAAUCGAAAUAAAGUCUACAAAGGGGACGCUUAAAACCGAGGUACCUACCAGACUUUGCAUUCCGCAUUACUCUCUGUAUAGUUCAAGUGACGAAACUGUGGUUAAAGUUUCUCUGAAUGGGGCAGACUGGAUAAUUGUCACACCAUUGCCAACGACAUCUAAAAUGGAAGAACAAGAAAAACUGGUAAAGAAGCUUGCAGGUAUUGACGUUAAUGACUUCUCAUCUCUCAAAGCCAUUGUUGUAACUCGGCCGAGGUGUCAAACUAUCAUAGUUGAUAGACCCGGAAUUUCAGUAUACUCUACAAUGGAUAAGAAUGUUAAACUCUUUGUUCCUAGAAAUGCUUUCGAGACAAAAACAGAACUAAAACUAAUGGUACAAUCGGUUUCUGACAAUUCCCUUUCAUCUUUUGGGAAAGAUAACUCAGAGUUAGAAAAUAUUCUUGCUGUCAGUCCGGUGUUAACUCUGAUAUGUGGAAGACACCCGAAAAAGGCAAUCGAAGUAGACCUGAUAAAAUCAUCUCAGAAACAAAGCAAUGGACAAUUUCAACGUGGAAAGACGUAUCAAAUGUAUACAUCGAAGGAUAAGGUAUGGAAAUUCGCUGAUGUGGAGUAUAAAGGUCACCAAGACGAUCUGACAAUGAUGCUUCCGCCUGGCAGAGAAAAAUAUACCGUCAUGGAGUUAGACAUGCCAUCAAGUUUUCCUGAGGAAAACGUUCCACAAAUAGCAGAAGCUUUGCACGUGUGUAUCAACAAGACAGCGGUUGUAAUGGUGGCAAAACAGCACGAGAAUGAUUUGAAGAAAUGUGAAGUGAGAAUCAUUAGACGGGAUAUUUUGAAAGAAACAAUGAUAUAUCUCUCUGAAAAUGGAUACACUGAAGGGCCUGAACCAUGCGCCGAGUUCAAUUUACAAGAAGGUCAGCAACUAGAGAUUAUCUGCACUGGCAAUAUAGACGAUGAGUUAAAAACAGAUACUAAUGUGAGAUUAACGUAUUUGUCUUACAUUGGUGGAAUAACGGGAGCACGGUCACUACGAAUUAAGGAUACCUGGAAACAGAAAGAUCUACCAGCGUAUGUUGGUACACUAAGAUGUACAAUAUUUAAAAAUACAGCGUCUCAUGACUCGUCGUUGUCACGUUCAGUAGAGUUAACAAUAUCCUUACCAAAGGUUUGUUUCUCCGACGAACCUCAUGUCGACGAUGAAGCUGAUCAGAAAGAUCAAGAAGAACAAGGAUAUAGACUUCACGAAGAACAAGGAGAUAAACUUCACGUAGAACACAAAGAUAGACUUCACGAAGAACAAGGAGACAGGCUUCAAUGA